AACACGAACAAUCGAUAACAGCCAUGUCUUUGUUAACCCAUCUCUAAUUGUAGUGUAAUUUCUGAUCAGCCUACGAAAAAGCCUUUGUUAAAUAAUGAUGCAACACACAAAGCGCAUGCUGACGCCCCUGAUGAGCGGCCUGCGAAGUAUGCCGGCACGCGGUGCAACAACUACGACGGCAGCGGCGCCCGCCAAAAUUGAAAAAACCGUCAACACGGUUACCAUUUUGGGUAGAGUUGGAGCCGAUCCCCAGCUGCGCGGAUCCCAGGAGCACCCGGUGGUCACCUUCUCCGUCGCCACACACACCAACUACAAAUACGAGAACGGCGACUGGGCCCAGCGCACCGACUGGCAUCGUGUGGUGGUCUUCAAGCCCAACCUGCGCGACACCGUGCUGGAAUACCUGAAGAAGGGGCAGCGCACCAUGGUGCAGGGCAAGAUCACCUACGGCGAGAUCACCGACCAGCAGGGCAACCAGAAGACCAGCACCAGCAUCAUUGCCGACGAUGUGCUCUUCUUCCGCGAUGCCAACAACUAGGAAUAAGCCCAACAGACCAAACCUAAUCUUAAGCACAAAGUUAAGCUUGCAGCAUUGUAAGCAUUUAUACUACUCGUAUGGAAAUAUCGUGUUAUCAGUUUGAGGAUUACAUGCGUAGUUGUACUUCACA